CCGCCCCGCGCGCUCGCCGCGCCGCUCGGCCCCGGAUGUGACGGUUGGGCCGCGGCGCCCGGGGGCCUCGGCGCCACGCGAUUGGCUGCCCGCCGGUGACGUCAUCGGGAGGCGCGGCGGAGGGGCGCGGGGAGCGCAGAGCCUUCUCCACCAUUAUGGCAGUCAGGUGGACCGGCGGACAUUCGACUCCUGUUCUCUGCCUGAACUCGAGUCGAGAAGGACUGGUGGCGUCUGGGGCCGAGGGCGGCGAUCUCCACCUCUGGGCUGACGACGGAACACAGCUGGGAUGCACACACUUCCAGGGUGACGGCGAUGUCACCAGUGUCGUCUUCUCAGCCUCCUGCCCCACGAAAUUGUAUGCCUCCCAUGGGGAAGCCAUUAGUGUGCUGGACGUCAGGGCCCUCAAAGGUUCUCUAGAAGACUUUCAGGUGAAUGAAGAGGAAAUCAAUUGCCUUUCACUGAAUGACACUGAGAACCUAUUGGCUUCUGCUGAUGACUCUGGGGCAAUCAAAAUCCUCAAUCUGGAAAAUAAGAAAGUUAGCAGAUCCCUGAAGAGACACUCCAACAUCUGUUCCUCGGUCGCUUUUCGGCCCCAAAGGCCUCAGAGCCUGGUUUCCUGUGGACUGGAUAUGCAGGUAAUGCUGUGGAAUCUUCAGAAGGCCAGGCCAGUCUGGAUUACAAAUUUGCAGGAGGACGAAGCCGAUGAACUGGAGUGUCCACAGUCACCCGGUCAGCUCUUCAACCCUGCUCUCGCACACUCCGUGUCUGUGGCGUCCUGUGGCAAUAUUUUCAGUUGUGGGGCAGAAGACGGCAAAGUUCGCAUCUUUAGGGUGGCGGGCGUCAAAUGCGAACGGGAAGUGGGCUUUAAGGCCCACACACUGGGGGUCUCCCAGGUCUCCUUUCUGCCGGAAUCCUACCUGCUGCUGACCGGAGGGAACGACGGAAAGAUCAUGUUGUGGGAUGUCAGCCAUGGCGCUGAGAAAAAGCAGAAGAGUCCUACCAAGCAGACCCACAGGAAGAAAACAAAAAGGGCUAUUUAUAGUGUGCAGAGCGGGAACACUGAUGCCGCGGCAGCCGACGGAGAGCCCUGCCAGCUUUUCCCAAAGCUCAGUAUUGAACAUGGAGAGAAAGUGAACUGGCUGCUGGGAACAAAAUUAAAGGGACACCAACAUAUAUUAGUAGCUGAUCAAACUAGUUGUAUCUCUGUAUAUCCCUUAAAUGAACAUUAACUUCAAUAAAAAGCAUUUGUAAGGUUGGA